UCGACGGCCACCAUUUUCUUUCUUUCUUAGCAGUUGGCUGAGAGGUCCCUGCGAAGAAGCGGUAGCGGCCACUGUAGAGUAGGCAUGGCAGAUUAUUCAACAGUGCCUCCACCCUCCUCUGGCUCAGCUGGUGGUGGAGGCGGCGGCGGUGGUGGUGGAGGAGUUAACGAUGCUUUCAAAGAUGCGCUGCAGAGAGCCCGACAGAUUGCAGCAAAAAUUGGAGGUGAUGCUGGUACAUCACUGAAUUCAAAUGACUAUGGUUAUAGGGGACAGAAAAGACCUUUGGAAGAUGGAGAUCAGCCAGAUGCUAAGAAAGUUGCUCCUCAAAAUGACUCUUUCAGAACACAAUUACCACUGAUACAUCAGCAGCAAAGCAGGUCUGUAAUGACAGAAGAAUACAAAGUUCCAGAUGGGAUGGUUGGAUUUAUAAUUGACAGAGGAGGUGAACAGAUCUCAUGCAUACAGCAGGAAUCUGGAUGCAAAAUACAGAUAGCUCCUGACAGCAGUGGCCUUCCAGAAAGGUCUUGUAUGUUAACUGGAACCCCUGAGUCUGUCCAAUCAGCAAAACGGUUACUGGACCAGAUUGUUGAAAAAGGAAGACCAGCUCCUGGCUUCCACCAUGGUGAUGGGCCAGGAAAUGCAGUUCAAGAAAUCAUGAUUCCAGCUAGCAAAGCAGGAUUAGUCAUUGGAAAGGGGGGAGAGACUAUUAAACAACUUCAGGAAUGGGCUAGAGUUAAGAUGGUUAUGAUCCAAGAUGGACCUCAGAACACUGAUGCUGACAAACCUCUUAGGAUUACAGGGGACCCAUACAAAGUUCAACAAGCCAAGGAAAUGGUGUUAGAAUUAAUUCGUGAUCAAGGUGGUUUCAGAGAAGUUCGAAAUGAGUCAAGAAUAGGAGGAAAAGAAGGAAUAGAUGUCCCCAUUCCAGGAUUUGCUGUUGGCAUCGUAAUAGGAAGAAAUGGAGAGAUGAUUAAAAAAAUACAAAAUGAUGCUGGUGUUCGAAUUCAGUUUAAGUCAGAUGACGGAACGACACCAGAUAGAAUAGCACAAAUAACAGGACCUCCAGACCGAUGUCAACAUGCUGCAGAAAUUAUUACAGACCUUCUUCGUAGUGUUCAGGCUGGUAAUCCUGGUGGACCUGGACCUGGUGGUCAAGGCAGAGGUAGAGGUCAAGGCAACUGGAACAUGGAACCACCUGGUGGACUACAGGAAUUUAAUUUCAUUGUACCAACUGGGAAAACUGGAUUAAUAAUAAGAAAAGGAGGUGAAACCAUAAAAAGCAUAAGCCAACUGUCUGGUGCAAGAAUAGAACUUCAGAGAAAUCCUCCACCUAAUGCAGAUCCUAAUAUGAAGUUAUUUACAAUUCGUGGCACUCCACAGCAAAUAGACUAUGCUCGACAACUCAUAGAAGAAAAGAUUGGUGGCCCAGUAAAUCCUUUAGGGCCACCUGUACCCCAUGGGCCCCAUGGUGUCCCAGGCCCCCCUGGGCCUCCUGGGCCCCCUGGGCCUGAAACUCCAAUGGGACCAUAUAACCCUUCACCUUAUAAUCUGGGACCACCUGGCCCUGCUCCUCAUGGUCCUCCAACCCCUUAUGCUCCCCAGGGGUGGGGAAAUGCGUAUCCACAUUGGCAGCAACAGGCCCCUCCAGAUCCAGCUAAAACAGGAACAGAUCCAAAUUCAGCAGCUUGGGAUGCUUAUUAUGCUCACUAUUAUCAACAACAAGCACAGCCACCACCUGCAGCUCCUGCCGGUGCACCAACUACAACCCAAACCAAUGGACAAGGAGAUCAGCAGAAUCUAUCUGGACAGGUUGAUUAUACCAAGGCUUGGGAAGAGUACUACAAGAAAAUGGGUCAAGCAGUUCCUGCCCCUACUGGUGCUCCACCAGGUGGUCAGCCAGAUUAUAGUACAGCCUGGGCUGAGUACUAUAGACAACAAGCAGCCUACUAUGCCCAGACAAGUCCCCAGGGAAUGCCACAGCAUCCUCCAGCACCUCAGUGCCUUCCCAGACCUUCCACCUUAGGUUCUGCUGCAAAAAGCAACAGUGCUGAAGACGCUGCAAGCACCAAAUCAUAGCUCAUAAAUUCAGGUCCUGAGAUAGUUACC